AUGUCUGUCCGCCCAUUUGCAGGUUCUCAAACCCGCCGCGCAGGUCGGCCGUUGUUCGCCCAAGACACCUUCGAACGGGCCCCUCAAGGGGUUGGCGAUUCUCCCCGCAUUCGCUCGACGUCUCUUCCGAAGUUGGCGCCAGUCGCCAGUGCGGGGGCCGCCGGCCCCGGCGAUCUCGAUGUCGCGCAGCUGCGGGCCGACACGCCCGGCUGCGCCGACGUGGUGCAUCUGAACAACGCCGGGAGCGCCCUUCCGCCUUCGCCAGUGGUGGAAGGCGUGGAGCGGUUCAACCGCCUGGAGUCUCUGGUGGGGGGCUACGCAGCCGAGGAGGCGGAGAGGGACGCCGUGGAGCGCCCCUACGGUGCGUUGGCGAGGCUGCUGAAUUGCGACGAGGAGGAGAUCGCCGUGGUGCAGAGCGCGACCAGCGCGUGGCAGCAGGUUGUCUUCGGAAUGGACUUCCAGCCGGGCGAUCGAAUCCUGACGUCAGUGGCUGAGUACGGAAGCAACUUUAUCAACUACCUCCAGCUGGCGAAACGUCGGGGUAUCUCAAUUGACGUCGUUUGCGAAGAGCCGUCCGGUGACAUAUCACUGGAGAAUUUGGAAGAGCUGCUGACGGGCGGCCCUGCUCCUCCGAAGCUUAUCAGCAUCUCCCACAUUCCAACGAGCUCGGGCAGGGUGUACGAUGCCGAAGGUGUUGGGAGGCUGGCGAGUCAAUACGGUGUGCCCUUCCUUCUGGAUGCCUGCCAAAGCGUGGGGCAGCUUCCAGUGGACGCCAGGCGCCUGAAUUGCACCUUCUUGUCCGGAACAAGCAGGAAAUACCUGCGGGGUCCUCGCGGUGCGGGAUUUCUGUUUGUCGCAAAGUCUGCCCUGGACGCAGGAUUUGAACCCUGUGCUUUGGACGUGCGGAGCGCGCAGUGGACAUCUAGGGAAGGGUACAAGAUGAGAAGCGACGCUCGAAGGUGCGAGCAAUUCGAAAUGAGCGUGGCUGCGAAGGUGGGCCUGGGAGUGGCCGUGAAAUAUGCCUUGGAUGUCGGGCUGGAGGCGAUGUGGCACAGAAUACGGCAUCUGGCCGGUCUGCUGAGAAGCAGGCUGGGCGAAAUCCGUGGGGUGCAGACUCGGGAUGUCGGGCCCAACCUGUGCGGAAUUGUCAGCUUCGAUGUGGAAGGCGUCGAUGCCGCAGAAGUCGCAGCAGCGCUGAAGGCGGAGCGCAUCAGCGUCUCUGUUUCUGGCAUCGAUUCGUCGAGGCUGGAUUUCGAGAAGAGGGGCUUACGGGAUGUCGUCCGCGCCUCCGUGCACUACUACAAUGAGGAAUGGGAGAUUGAACGAGUGGGCGAGGCAGUGCAGCGCCUGAUGAAGCGCACCUGA